AUGCUUCAGUUUCAGCACUUCAUCUUAGGAAGAUUUCGGGACCUCGUUGAGCAAGCGGACCACCGCCAUACACAGCCUCUUCGUGGAACAAACAAACACUGGCCGGGGAUGGAGAUCGCUCAGAGCCUUCAGUCCGCAUUCAUCGAUCCACCUUGGCAGACACGCCUGGCUCCUUUGUAG